AUGUCACCGCCAUUCCUAACUUCAUUAUCGAACGAUUUCGGUCAUCUACUCGACGAAGGAGAUGACUAUAAUGUGAUCGUGCACGCGGGUGAAGAACCAAAUGACAGAACAUUUUUAGCACAUUCGGUUGUAUUGCGCGCUAGAUCACCGUAUUUUAGACGUGCGCUAUCCAAAGAAUGGGCUCGUACCGAAAAAAAUGGAAUGAUUGUAUUUAAAAAACCUAAUAUCUCGCACUCGGUUUUUCAGAUUAUUUUAAAAUAUAUGUACACGGGCACAAUUGCGCUUGAUUUUAAAGAAGGAACCGAGCUCUUAAAGCUUUUAGUUGCAGCUGAUGAACUCUUUCUACAAGAACUUCAUGAUCAUGUACAAUCGCAUCUUCUUGAAUGUCGAGAAGUAUGGCUAUGUCACAAUUUCGCUUUAGUCCACCGAACAGUCUUUCAGUUAGAAGCAUCAAAAGAAUUGCAAUCAUUCUUCCGAAUUUCAUCUGCUGACUUUUAUAACCGCGUACGACCAUUCAAAGAGAUCCUUCAAACCGAAUUAUUUGAAGCAAUUGAAAAAUUUCAUUUUAAAGCUGGCAACCAAUUACAAUCAGAUAACCUACUACCUGCUCGUUUCAAAGGAAUAAAAUCCACGAUUAUCGAAGAGAAACAUGCAUCGUUGAUAGCGAGUUGGAUUGAUGGUGGUGAUUCCGUUAGUAGUAAAGACAGCAAUAAAAUUAGUAGGGUCAUCCCAAGGAAUGCGCAUUAUGCUGUUAAUGAUUCACAAGAUCGUGGUCCGUGUUUUGGGGAUGGAGAUCUUUGGAUGAAUGAUAUGUUUAACCAGCCUGAUAGUUGCACAUGCAACAGAGACUCGUACGACCAAAGUAUCGGCGACAUGAAUCGCGAUUCUUGGGAUUCGUGGACACAACGAACUGGUUCAUUCCAGGUUGAAGACUAUGAAGUAUUUCAAGUUGUAAAAAAGCGGCCUCGUUUGUAA